AUAUCACUGAAACGUCAAAGACAAACUUCAAUUUCAAAAUCAAUCAUCGGCAUCAAUAUCAAAAUUUUAAAGUGAAAAUGUCCAACUCAGGAAAACCCUGCCCCGUUGCCGACGAAUGCUCGAUGAUGAAAUCGAUGGCGACUACCGCGAAUUCAACGAUGCCAUCAACACCCUCUUCAUUACCGUCGUCUUUACCGAGCAGCUUUUUCGAGAACCAGUUCUAUGACAGUCUCAUUAGUUUUAUGCAGGAAUGUUCCAGAGUCAUGGACGAGGUUCACCGUAGAUCAGGAAAAAGGGAAAUUCAUAUGACGCAAGAAGAGAAACAAGCAAAGAUACAGGAAUUAAUGAAUAAGAUUGCCGAAAAGGAAAGAGAGUUAUCGCAACUAGAGGAGGAAAAAAGAAAUAUGUUAUCGAACUACGAUGCGAGUGCCUCGUCUGCUGGUAGUGGACCAGCAUUCACACCCCCAGUAAAGCAUGCUCGACAGCCACGUGGAACUUCUAGAAGAAUGCCGCGUAGUCCAUACCAACACUCGCAAGAUGGAACAUCCUGCAUACCUGGAUGCGAUGCAGACUGCAGUUUCAGUGUACCUGCUGAAACGAAUUAUCAAAUGCAUCCUUGGCGCCAACGUAGGAUAAUGUCAACGCCAGAACGACGAUCGGCAAGACCUCCAGCGUUUGACACCUCUGGUUACAACACUUCGAAUGGGCCUGGUGGUUGCGAUCCUAAUUGCACUGAUCCCUGCAAUGUUUUAGAUGACAGCACGAUGGCUCACUGGCAUCGGCGAUUAAUGUGAUUUUUGUUUCGGUAAUAAAAUAUUUGUUCAUUUGA